AUGCCACCUACCGUAAGUUCCCUCGCCGACAGCUUCAAUGCCGAGAGUAGCACCAGCUCCGCGCGUCCCAAUACUCGAACAGAACGAUCGAAACGAUACACAAGUCUCUAUGAAUCUAGAACUGACUCUCUGCAGUUCAGAUCCUCACGCUCAGGGCGACAAUUCGGUGACGCCGCCAACCGCAACCGAACGGGUCAGGUCGAUCACGACGUGUUUGAAGGACUCCCCGUACGACGAUGGACGCGCCAGACUCAGACCGUAUCACAAGAGCCCAAAAGCGAGGCACCCGACCCCAAUGACGCUCAAGGUCCGGGAGGGCGACCCACUAUCCCCGAACACCCAAUGCCCCGAGACAGCCACCUGUUGGCCCCGGCGAGUCGAGCGCUCCUGCGCGCAGCCCGCGCAGGCUGCAUCUAUAUUCGACAAGCUUCGAAGGACUUUGAAGACGAGGAGAAGGAGGCGACCGAUGGGGAGGAGCAACCUUUGGUCCAGAGCACGGAACGCAAUUUUGUGACCCGCAAGUGGACGUCCGUCCCAAAGCAUCUCGAGGCCGUGGAGGUGGAAUUCCUUGCGAAGAGACGGCCGGGGAUGCCAUCUUUG